CACACCGGAGCUCCUGGGAGGAAAGAGACUGAACGUAAAGCGGAGGGGGAGAGGGCAAAGUAUGCCGAAGUUCUGAGGUAGCGCUUGCAAGUGGCCGUUUCAGCUUGAGGCACCCCCGUCCUGUAGAUUUUCUCACAGUUGGGGCAGAGAUGCCAGGCAGAGGAACACGCCGGGAUGAUGCCACCGAGCCCAGCACUUUCUCUAGUUUGCCCCUAAACAAGGAAGAACUGAACUCGAAGAUUAAAGAACAAAAAGUUGUUGUGGAUGAACUUUCCAACUUGAAGAAAAACAGAAAAACAGAACAGAAAUGCUCUCUGAAAGUAAAAACACAUUAGAUGAGUUGAAAAAAGUCCACCAGGAAAUGGAAAAUACAGAAAAAAACAAAAUCAAGAAAUAAGUUUGCUUAAUUCUACAUAAUG